AUGAGCUCUAAAGCCGGAUCUCAUAAGAAGGAUGAUGGGGAAGAAGAUGGCGCUGUGGAGGUUGAGGUGGAUUGUGAUGGAGCUGCUGAUGUUAAGGUUCUAUUGGAUGAUAUCAGUCCUAUUCUUAUUGAUCGAAUGUACAGCAAGACUAUUGCAAAAGCUAGAUCCUACAAUAUUUUCUGGUCUGUUACAACGUUUAAGAUGCAUGAGGAGAGGGUAUUUCAUGAUGUCAGUCCAGACCAACAAUUAGAUAGGGAGAAUUUGAGGCCCGCAAGGAGUAUGGGCUCACAAUGGCCGUUGAAUACUGGGACAUUAGUUAGUGGACUGUCCAGUUCUGAAUCAGAAGUGAACAAAAGUCCAAAAGGGAGUGGGAAAUUAUGCAAAUGGUGA